AUGUCGGCACACCCCAAGAAAAGAAAAGUUGAUAACGAAUGCCGUAUUUUCAACAAAACAUGGACUUCCAAAUAUUUCUUUACAGAAAUUAAAGGCAAAGCAGUGUGCUUAGUCUGUGGUACACAGGUUGCUGUGUUUAAAGAAUAUAAUUUGAAUCGCCACUACACCACCAAGCAUGAAGAUAAAUACAGAAAUCUGUCUGGUGAAGAGCGUGCAAGGGAGUCUGAUGCAUUGCUUGCAAAACUACAAACCCAACAAGGAUUUUUCACUAAACUUCACACUCCCAGAGAUGCAGCCGUCAGGACAAGUUAUGUCAUUUCUCACAAAAUCGCCAGAAAAAGUAAGGCGUUUUCCGACGGAGAGUUUAUUAAGGAGUGUUUAUUGGACUCUGCUGCGCUGAUGUGCCCAGAGAAAAAAGGCGCAUUUGAGAACGUUUCACUCUCCCGACGCACUGUAACGAGGCGGAUUGAGGACAUCGCGGGGAACUUAGAACUUCAGCUGAAGAACAGAGCGGCCGACUUUGACUUUUUUUCUCUGGCUUUGGAUGAGAGCUGCGAUGUACGUGACACUGCCCAGCUGCUCAUCUUCUUACGUGGGAUAACCGCAGACUUUCAAAUCACGGAGGAGUUGGCAGCCAUGCAGUCAAUUAAAGGGACAACCACCGGUAAUGACUUGUUCAGAGAGGUAAAUGCAUGUAUGGACAUUUUAGGACUGAAAUGGGACAAGCUUGCAGGUGUGACAACAGAUGGUUGUCCAAAUCUGACAGGGAAAAAUGUUGGACUUUUAAAGAGAAUGCAGGAUAAAGUGACAGAAAUUAACCCUGAUCAGAAAUUGACAUUUUUGCAUUGUAUCAUACAUCAGGAAGUGUUGUGUAAGACAGUGUUAAAAAUGAAACAUGUCGUUGAUGCUGUCACUAAAAUAGUUAAUUUCAUCAGAGCAAGAGCUUUAAAUCACAGACAGUUUGUUGCUUUGUUGGAGGAAACUGAGGCUGAACAUGGUGACAUAAGCUAUCACUGCACUGUUAGGUGGCUCAGCCUUGGCAAGGUUCUGAAAAGUGUCUGGGACCUGAGAGACCAGAUUCAGGAGUUCUGUAUUCAGAAAGGUCAUGACAUCCCAGAACUUUCAGAUAACAACUGGUUGGCAGACCUCGGAUUCGCUGUGGAUGUGACUGCACUAAUGAACGAACUAAAUGUCAAAAUGCAGAGCAAGGGCCUUUUUGUGCAUGAGAUGUACAGUGCAGUGAAGGCUUUCAUGAGAAAACUACAGCUUCUCUCAAGCCAAGUGAAGGACAACAUUCUGACCCACUUGCCAACACUUAAGGAAGCCAAAAGAUCAGGUGAUCACCUCCAAAAGUACUCAACCAUGUUAGAAGCAUUGCAUGCAGAGUUUUCAAGGCGAUUUCAAGAUUUCAAAACUCUUGAGAGUGAAAUGCACAUGGUUUCUUCUCCCUUCAACUGCAGUGUGGAUGAUGCACCAAGUGAAGUUCAGAUGGAACUCAUUGAUCUGCAGUCUGACACACAUCUGGCAGAUCACUUCAAGUCAGUCUCACUGCUGGACUUUUACUCCGCCCUCAAAGAGGAGAACUUUCCACACCUGAGGAGGCAUGCUCAGAGGAUCCUAGUCCUCUUUGGAUCUACCUAUCAAUGUGAACAGACAUUCUCAGUUAUGAAGUUCAACAAAUCCAAACACAGAUCCUCUAUGACUGAUGACCACCUCUCAGCUGUCCUUCGCAUAGCCACUUCAGACAUUCCGCCAGAUUUCAAUGCCCUUGUUCAAGCCCAGAACAGACUGGAUUAUUCUCGCUGA